AUGCACCAAUCUUUCCUUAUUCAGUCAAUUAGAUCAUUUUCAAGCUCAGCAGCUCGAGGGAAAGCUGCUUGUUCGAUAGUCAAACCUGUACAUCAUCUAGUCAAGAUCGAUAAAUCGAGGUUAUCACCAAGAUUCCCAGAAUUGAAGUAUGACAAGUCAGAUAUAAGGUCUCCAGGGUUUCGUCCAAGGAAUACCCAUCAAGAUAGGGUCGAAGAGCACUAUUUGAAUGUGUUACAGCCGGAUCUUCUCUUAAUCAAUUAUCAACAUAAUGCAACGGUGCAGGAGGGUUUGAAAAGGAGGGCAUGGAGUGGUAACUCAACAUAUCAAAUUAAUAGACCAUUAAAGAAACCAAAGGGAUCUAGAGCUGAACUUCCAAAUAUUCAUCCAGUUAAAUGGAAUAACAUACCACAUAUCGAGAAAGUCACCUUAAAUUGUUAUGUCAGAGAGGCUAGAGACAAUGAAAUGUUGACAAUUGGUGCAGCAUUACAGCUACAACAAAUUACUGGUGUAAAGCCAGAAAUUAUAUAUUCAAAAUCAGAUGUCCCAUCCUGGAAACUCAGAAGGAGUCAACAAAUGGGCGCUAAAGUUGAGUUAACUGGUUACGAAAUGAAUCAAUUCUUGGUUACAUUAUCUGAAAUUGUUCUUCCAAGAAUAAGAGAGUAUAAAGGUAUAAAUGAUACAUCUGGCGAUGGAUUUGGUAAUCUUUCCUUUGGUUUAUCGGCUUCUGAAAUCACCUAUUUCCCAGAGAUUAACGCAAAUCAAGAUGUAUGGCCCAAGACAUUUGGCAUGCACAUAAAUAUUGUAACAUCUGCGGAAACUACAAAUCGUGCAAAAACAUUAGUAAGUGGUUAUCAGGUUCCUUUUAAAUAA